AUGGGUUUAUCAGUUUCUAAGCUCCUUUCCACGCUCUUUGGGAAGAAGGAGAUGCGUAUUUUGAUGGUUGGUCUUGACGCUGCGGGUAAGACAACUAUUCUCUAUAAGCUCAAGUUAGGUGAAAUUGUCACUACAAUCCCAACUAUCGGAUUCAACGUCGAAACUGUUGAAUACAAGAACAUCUCCUUCACCGUAUGGGAUGUUGGUGGACAAGACAAGAUCAGACCUUUGUGGAGACACUACUUCCAAAACACCCAAGGUAUCAUUUUCGUCGUCGACUCAAACGACAGAGAGAGAGUUACAGAAGCCAGAGAAGAAUUACAAAGAAUGCUCAAUGAAGAUGAAUUGAGAGACGCUCACCUCCUCGUUUUCGCUAACAAGCAAGAUUUGCCAAAUGCUAUGAACGCAGCUGAGAUCACUGAUAAAUUGGGCUUGCACUCCCUCCGCCAACGCACUUGGUACAUCCAAGCAACCUGCGCAACCUCCGGUGACGGUUUAUACGAAGGUUUAGAGUGGCUUUCAACUAACUUGAAGAAUAAAAUGUAA